AUACAAGAAGACAUUUUUAUCAAACCAGCCUAAACUGCUUUACAUCUGGUAUCAGAAACCUAUUUUUUCCCCACUAAGGUUUUGUGUUCUUGCCCAGCUUUUAAGAGGUUGCGUCCAUCUACCUGUUUUCCGUGCCACUUAUUGCUCCUAUACCAGAAAUGGGGUACACCCUGAAUUGGUCGCCAGGGCACAUAAUAAACAAGCAACCAUUCGCACCUACGGACAAUUUAGAGUUGUCAAUCAACCUACCACGCAUGUUUUUGGAACGUGGGAAGAAACGGGAGUAACCUGGAGAAAAUCCACACGAGCACGAGGAGAACAUGGAAACUCAGCCGGAUUUGAACCCGCGUCCUCAGAGCUGUGAGGCAGAUGUUUAGCACACUUAACACUUCAAUCAAUCACAGCUAUACGGUGAUACAGAAGGAAUGCGACAAGUAUGUAUUUACAUGGAUAAUGCCCAGUUGUAAACAUUUUACAAGACUAUUAGGCAGUUUUUAUUGUCUGUGUUGUAGAGAGUUGUAUGCAUUUAACAAUGUGGUUAUAGUGAUUUAAAAUAUAUAUAUAUUUUAUUUGUUUAUUUUAUUUUAUGGUGCUAUUAGCCCAAUACAGAAACCUCUCAGUUGUCUACAGCGCAGUUUGUACAUCCCUGAAAACUGCAACCACAAUAAUAAUCAUUCUUAAACUCUUGACAGUGUCAAAACUCAGCAUUAUUUAUUUUUUUAUUUUUUUUGGGGGGUGGGGGGGGAUCCGCUUACUAUUUUGUGCAAGUGUACCUAAGCCAGUAAGUGCACCAACCCACAGAGAAACACGAAUUUAGACACUUCUAAAAUAUUGCAGUCUUGCGUAAUACAGACACGAUGAAUCGCGAUGAAUUGAAGCAGGCUAACGCGCAUGGUGCAAAAAAAAAAAAAAGGUUAUGAUCCAAAAGAGCAGGCGUACUUUAAACCUGCCACCUUUCCCCCUAGAGUGGCGAUUUAAUUUCCCUUUCCUUGUGACUGGCAAAUGGGAAGUUCUACAAGCACAAGAACGACUUUCGAGGAUCAGUUGGUCGCACCGGAGGGGACGGAAGCGGCACGGGAAGUUCGGCUUCUUCUCCCGAACUUUGGAAGCCACUCAGCCUCGGUCUCAGGCCGCCAGUGAUUGAAGACAUCUGUCCAAAUCUGAGGGUUCCCACGGUGACAGCCAAACACACUCCUGAUGCCCCAUACACAGCGAGAUUCUUUUUGGUUAUUAUGCACAGGUGUCAAACUGCUGAGGUGCAGUCGUUCGUGUCGAGAGAGAAGAGCAGCGGCGAGAGGACACCACCUUGGGGUGCCCCGGUGUUGAUGCUGCGUGUGGAUGAGGCGGCCUCCCCUCUAGCCUCACCUGCUGUGUCCUGCCCGUCAGGAAGCUGUAAAUCCACUGGCAGAUGGUUGACUUGGAGAAGCUUGGAGGAAAGGAGUUCAGGGAUGAUGGUGUUGAUCGCUGAGCUCAAGUCCACGAACGGGAUCCUUCCUUGAAAGCGUCCUUUUCAAAUCUGCAGUAGAAGUCCUUUCGCGGACGGCAAAUGCACACCGCCUUGGCCGCAGCCUCGGAAGCAGCAGGACGCGCGCUUCCAUCCUAAACUGAGGCGAGCACGCUGCGGAUUGGAGCCCGAAGAAAAGCGCGCCGGGGGUGGCAGGAGAAACGCGGAGAGUUGGCCAGGAUCUCAUUUCGCCAUGCCGGUGCCAGAGCAGCCCGCUGAGCAGGAGAAGGGCGCCAUGGUUCCCCCGGUGAUGUCGGGCUCCAAUGGAGAUAGGUCAGAGACGGAGACAACCUCAUCUAUCCUGGCCUCAGUCAAAGAGCAGGAGCUACAGUUUGAGCGCCUGACCCGGGAACUUGAAGCCGAGCGUCAGAUUGUUGCCACCCAACUCGAGAGAUGCAAGCUGGGAUCAGAGGCUGGCAGCAUGAGCAGCAUCAGUUCGGCAGAUGAACAGUUUCGUUGGAAUGCUCAAGCUGAUGGACAAAAGGAUAUUGAGGAUGAGCUGACCACAGGUUUGGAGUUGGUGGAUUCCUGUAUCCGUUCCCUCCAGGAGUCAGGAAUCCUUGAUGGUGUGGAACGACCGGCGCUCAUCUCCCAGAGUUCCUUGCAGCUCAACUCUACCCCGGAGGCUUCGCUCCAGUACUCUGCCAGCUACCAUAGCAACCAGACCCUCGCCCUUAGCGACAGCAUCUCCGCAGCAUCUCCUCAGCGCAGCGGGCAGGUUGGAGGAGCCGUGCACAGCUAUAACCAGGUGACAUCGAGCCGUGCAGCCCAGCAGCAACAAUCACAAAGUGGGGCAGGGUCAGGCAUCUACUACUCCAGCUCCACCUUACCUGCCCAACGUGUCAAUUCCCCUCUGUGUGGCGGGGGAGGGGGUUCAGGACCAGGGUCCCCCAAUAAACUCCAACGCCUAGGAUCGGCGUCCGAUUCUCUGGGGUACUCCACCACUCAACGCCUGCCUUCCUCCUCCUCAUCCUCCUCUCCCAGCAAGCAGUGUGCUGCUAAUCGACUGGCGAAGUCAUUCAGUACCAACGUUGCUGUGACAACAGGGGUUGGGGGAGGUUCUCCCCUGAGGUUGGCCUCUCCACCCAACUCCACUGCCACUGGGGGAGGGGCCGGCUUAUCAUCGUCUCCCCUCCAUCAGAUGAGCUCAGGCAUUGGCAGUUAUGCCACUUUGUCUCCCAAACGGCUUGCAGCUCACCACGCGUCCGACCAGUACAAGAUUUCCCAUGAGCUCUAUGCCACUGCUACACUUCAGAGGCCUGGCAGUCUAGCAGGCUCUCGUGGCUCCUACAGUAGUCAGCACAGCCAGGAGCCCCUCCGACCCUUGGGGUCUCCAGAGCACCAUAUAGACCCCAUUUAUGAGGAACGCGUCUACCACAACAAGGGUCCCAUGAGGAGCCUCAGCCAGAGCCAAGGGCCUGACAUUGGCCCCUAUCGCAACAACACCGCUCCUUCUUCCCCUGGUGUCGACUCCACCCCUUUGCAGCGAACAGGAAGUCACGGCACGGGAACAGGAAACUACAGCCGUGGCGGGACCAACAACUAUGCCACAGUGGGACCAGGCUACACCACAAGCGGGGGAGGAGGCGACAUGUACGGCUCGGACCCCUACGUGGCGGACCCUUACCGCACCUUGCAGUACUGCCCCUCGGUGGUGGAAUCCCCUUACAGCAAGUCUGGGCCCGCCUUGCCGCCGGAGGGCACCCUGCAGCGCUCACCAUCCAUUGACUCCAUUCAAAAGGACCCCAGGGAGUUUGGCUGGAGAGAUCCCGAGCUCCCAGAGGUGAUCCAGAUGCUGCAACAUCAGUUCCCAUCUGUGCAGUCCAAUGCUGCGGCAUACCUUCAACACCUCUGCUUUGGAGACAACAAGAUCAAAGCUGAGAUCCGCAGACAAGGAGGCAUCCAGCUGCUGGUGGACCUUCUGGACCACAGGAUGAGCGAGGUUCACCGCAGUGCCUGUGGAGCCCUGAGGAACCUGGUUUAUGGCAAGGCCAACGACGAGAAUAAAGUGGCCCUGAAGAACUGUGGAGGGAUCCCAGCGCUAGUUCGCCUUCUGAGGAAGACAGGCGACGUUGAAAUAAGAGAGUUGGUCACAGGCGUGCUGUGGAACCUGUCAUCAUGUGAUGCUCUCAAGAUGCCCAUCAUCCAGGAUGCACUGGCUGUGCUGACCAACAGCGUCAUCAUCCCUCACUCUAACUGGGACUCCUCCCCCAAUCACCAUGACGACCGCAAGCUCCAGCUUCAUACUUCCCAGGUGUUGCGUAAUGCUACUGGCUGCCUCAGGAACGUCAGCUCCGCAGGUGAGGAGGCGCGACGGAGGAUGAGAGAGUGUGACGGCCUGACGGAUGCCCUGCUCUACGUCAUCCAGACCUCUCUAGGCAGCAGUGAGAUUGACAGCAAGACUGUGGAGAAUUGCGUUUGCAUCCUGAGGAACCUGUCCUACCGCUUGGCAGCCGAGACGUCUCACGGCCAGCAGGGCGGGUUGGAGGAGCUGGACGGCCUCCUCUGUGACUCCAACGGUCGUGACGGAGAGAGCUCCGGCUGUUGGGGCAAGAAGAAGAAGAAAAAGAAGGGUGCUGACCAGUGGGAUGGCGUUGGCCCCUUUCCAGACACAGUGGAUCCCCCCAAAGGUGUUCAGAUGCUCUGGCACCCCACCAUUGUCAAGCCCUACCUCACCCUGCUCUCUGAAUGCUCCAAUCCCGACACCCUGGAGGGAGCAGCUGGAGCCCUGCAGAACCUGGCUGCUGGCAGCUGGAAGUGGUCUGUGUACAUCCGGGCUGCUGUCCGUAAGGAGAAAGGACUUCCCAUUCUUGUGGAGUUACUGCGAAUCGACAACGACAAAGUUGUGUGCGCCGUGGCCACCGCUCUCAGAAAUAUGGCGCUGGACAUCAGGAACAAGGAGUUAAUCGGUAAGUAUGCCAUGCGAGACUUGAUCCAUCGGCUACCAGGCAGCAGCAGCAGUAACAACAACGCCACCAGCAGUGGGACCUCUGGUACUUCAGGUCCGCCCAGCAAGGCCAUGUCUGAUGACACGGUCACUGCCAUCUGCUGUGCGCUACAUGAAGUCAUCACCAAGAAUAUGGAGAACGCCAAAGCCCUCCGCGACGCUGGUGGCAUAGAAAAACUGAUCGGCAUCGCCCGCAGUAAAGGAGACAAACACUCGGCCAAAGUGGUUAAGGCGGCCUCUCAGGUGCUCAGCAGCAUGUGGCAGUACAGAGACUUGCGCUCCCUCUACAAGAAGGAUGGCUACUCCCAGUAUCACUUUGUGGGCUCUGCCUCCACAAUAGAGCGAGACCGACAGAGACCAUACUCUUCCUCUCGAACUCCCUCCGUGUCCCCUAUCAGGACGUCCCCAAACAACCGCUCCGCAAGCGCUCCAGCCUCUCCGAGAGAGAUGGUGAGUCUGAAGGAACGCAAGCUGGACUACGAUUCCACAGCAACCAAUGCCGGUUUCCAUAGCAGCAAAGGCGAGCAUACAUCCCGGAAAGAUGGCAUGGCAGUGUCCUGUGGAACAUCUACAUUGUUCCGAAACUCAUACCUGACUGCCAGUGAUGAUAUCAAGCCAAAUCAGGCCCCAGUUCAGCCCUGCACCAUGCCCCCGCAGCCUCAGCAGGACAGUCCGUCAACAGCCGUGCUAAAAGACUAUGACCACUACCCGCCCCCCCCUUCCUUCCCCCAGCCUCUGCCUCCACAGCCUCCCCCUCAAAGCCAGAGCCGGAGCUUCGACGAGACCUACUACGAGGACCAGGGACCGACUCCGCCAACCCAGCCACAGCCGCAGGUCCAGGCACAGGCCCAACCCCAGCAGCCCCCCAGCACCACCGGACCACCCCGGGACCCAAGGGAGGACCUGCGGAUGCAUCUGGGCCUCAAGUCCACUGGCAACUAUGUAGACUUCUAUUCAGCAUCGCGGCCAUACAGUGAACUGAACUACGAGACCAGCCACUAUCCAGCCUCGCCUGACUCGUGGGUCUAAUUCUAUGGACUAUGAUGAUGAUGAUGAGGGGUUAAAAAGCAUCUCUGUGUGUGGAGGGGAUUUUUUUUUCCAAGCACAUCAAGUUUGCAAAGUAGUCUUGAAUCCCCUGACAAGGUCUUUUUGUGCUCUCUCAUAACAAAAGCAAGAAAAAGUGAUGUAUUCAGGUCAAGUGACAAACAAUGCAUGUGCAUGCCAACAUCUUUUUUUAACCACCGCUCACUUUAUGUCUUCAAUCUCAACCCCACUCCACGGAGUGAGUGCCAGGUGUGUGAAGGGCCAAGAAGGCAGUGGGCAGUAUAAAUAGAGAAAGAAAGCAAACAACAAGGCAAGAGAUGACCGUAUGAUAGGGAUGGCAUGAGUAAAGAGCCUUUAUCCGCGGGAAGAGUCCUGACCUUUCGUUGAAAGCAGUGCAAGCAAAAGAAGGUGACUUGCACAAGGCUUCUCAAGGAGGUCAGGAACAAUGGAACAAUAUCAGACCUGAGGAGAAAAGUAGGCGUUUCCUACUUCCUAAACGUAGCACUGCUUCUAUCCCCUGCCCUUUCUUGUUGUUGUUAUUGCCUUUUUGCCUAUGGAAGCCUCUGCAUUUAUUUUAAAGGAAUGUCAUGGGUUUUUUUUUUCUACUUUUUUAGAUUUUUCAAGAAGUCAUUUUAUGUAUUGCAGAUAGAUGGUGUGCACACUUUUUUUUUUGGAUGCAAUUCAUGAUUUGUUUUUAAGAGAAAAACAACAAAAAGACGUCAAAUAAGAAACACAAGAAGCAGACUUCAUCACCAGGAUGGAAGUCAGCACAAUCCCAGCUUUGCAGUAUUUGUGUUUAUCGACCUUCAUCCAAUUGAAUAUUGUGGUGGAAAAUUAAAAUGCGCACGUGGAGAGUUGCUCACUUCUGAAGCAAGAAGUGCUUUUUCACUGCCCAAAAAAAAAAAAAUACAUUUCCAAGCACAUUUUGUCUUUGGGAAGGUUCGUCUUGUCUUUAGUUGGGAGCAUCAUCACUUCUGCAGGAGUAAAUAUUGUACAAGCCAAUGUAAAGUGACAAAGGACAAGAAAGACCCUGCCAAACCCCUCAUGAUGGAUAAAUCCUGGAUGACUUUAAAAGGCACAUUGUCUCAGUUUUCAGAUACUGACUGGAUGUCUCGCUCUGCUGUUUGUAACUUUUAUGUUGCUGUGCCCCUGAUCUAGAUAUUGCUGGGAAUUGUGGGUAAUUUCCCUGAGAUGUGCAGCGCACAGCUGCCCUCCGUGUCGGGCUGAGCAUACGUGGGCGUGUAGACGGAUGAGUGUGUUUUUGUGUGCAUGUAGGUGACAGAAUGCGUGGCCUGUACAUAGACUCAUUAACUCGGGUGAACGUAUUUAUGCAUGCAUGUGUGAAGUAGUGUGCGUAUGCCUCUAUUGUGUGUCUGUGUGUGCGACUGUGCGUGGGUUUCUGUACAAUUCAAUGUCCACACAAGGCAUUCCUACCGAGAGUCCGUCUGGUUUUGCUAACCAAGGUACAAAUCACUAGAACGAAUUGUUGAUAUAGAAUGACAAAUCUAUAAAUAUAUGAAUAUAAAUAUAUAAUUUUUAUGUGCAGAUAUCUGUCACAAAAGCGCAACCAAUGUUUGCAGAGAAAACAGAACUUUAGUUCACUUGCUCUAAUCGUGGAAACUGCAGCUCCCUGGCACCCUGCCCGUCCCUCCCCUGACGAGACUAACCAGAAAUCCUACCUGAAGGUGCUCAGGCUCUGGUGCGAGUUGUGUGUUAUUGUGUAAUCCAUGCUUCUUAAAUGACCCUGCUGAGAGAGGACCGUACUUGAACACAAGGAGAAAUAAAAAAAAAAAAAACAUGACUCUUUGCAAACAACUGUCAUUGGGUGUUUCUGUACACAAACUGUGCGUUGGUGCCCUUUUCCACGGCAAGGUACCUACUGAGCUCACCACGGUUCUACUUACUAUUGAUGAUUUUUCACUGGCAAAUCCACGUUCUAAUCAGGGUUCCAAGCAUGCCAAACUGGCCAGAAAUACAAAAAAUAAACACGCACGCUAACGUUAGCUUACCCUGUUUCUGUACCUUAGCUCUGCACCGUAUUAUAAUCCAGUCGCCACUUUAAUGCAGUCGUCAGUUUUAUUGCUGCCUUCAGUCUCUAGAAUAUGUUUCAUUGCCUCAUGAAGUUAAUACAGGAGACCUUUUUUCUCUGCCGUUGUUGUUCAUUGGUGACAUUUUGUCGAUUGAUGAGUUCAAAAUAGCAAGUUGUAUUAGUUACCACCAAAUUACCACAAGUGGAAAACUAACACCAAACUGAACUAGUACCGUGCAGUGGAAAAGUGAAACUCUUUGUGAUUGCUGGCCUUUCGAUACUGUCAUGUCAGAAUAUACACACAGCCGUGGCCCAAGUGCUCAGGAUUUCCGCCUGCCACCGCUAGGAUAGCGAACAAGUAAAUUGAUCGGCAGACGAAUGUGUGUGUGUCCAUAUGUUAAUUUUGUGCUUGUAGUGGUGUAGAAGUGAACUGUUCAUAUUGAGGUGUUUCUAAUAUGUGGCUUAUUUUUAUUUUAAGGAACGGUGAGCACAUCUGGUGAGCACAUCUGCCUCACAGUUCUGAGCUCCGGGGUUCAAAUCCCGGCCUCGCCUGUAUGGAGUUUGCAUGUUCUCCCCGUGCCUGCGUGGGUUUUCUCCGGGCGUUCCGGUUUCCUCCCACAUUCCAAAAACAUGUGUGAUAGGUUGAUUGGAGACUCUAAAUUGCUCUUAGGUGUGAAUGUGUGCGCGAAUGGUUGUUUGUUUAUAUGUGCCCUGCGAUGGGCUCGUGACCAGUUCAGGGUCUACCGCGCCUCUCGCCCAAUGAUGGCUGGGAUAGGCUCCAGCACGCCCGCGACCCUGGUCGGGAUAAAGCGGUACGGAAAAUGGAUGGAUGGAGAGGACCAAAUUAUUAGAAACAUCUCUCAUUAUAAUGAUGCCCAGUUCUACACCCCUUCCAUUACAAUAAUGACCGUGGGUCUGGUGAGUGCUUUUCACUUCAAUUGUAUUCCUCUAAAGUUGAGUCAUGACCAGCCGAGAUUAUUGCGACAAUAUUCAUUACAUUUCAAAGUCACAAUACUGACUAUACGAUGCUGUACGUAAGCACCAAAAAUAUGAGCGAUCUGACACUAUGCAAAUAUUGUCCAUUUGCAUUGCCUAUGCACAGAUCCUUAAUGGCCGCUGUCUUGCGUCCUUCCACCUCGGCUGAUGGGCAACACUGUUUACAUCUUGAGCAGCUCCCAACAACAUUAAAUGGGGGCUUGACUGACAGGCUUUGUAUAUCACUGUUCCUUCCUCUGAUAAAAGCUAAUGUACUUACACAGCACGGCAGUUAGGCAUGUCAAAACACGAUGUGGGAGCUUAUAUUUCACUGUGAUGUUGGCACGGAGUGACAGCGCUGCGUUGUUGUCCGAGAGACGUUGCUAAUUACACAAUGCAAAGCUAUAGAGGGAUGUGCCCAUGGUGACAGAAUUACUGUACAUACAGCAUUGCAAUCUUUAAUCAUCCUUGACAGAUGAAUUGGAUAAGUAGGCCAUGACACUGCACAAUUGAAUGUUUGUGAAGUGCUCUUGUAGAAAUAUUUUCGAUCGGUGGUUGUCGAUCAUUUUCUUAAUUAAGGAAAGGUGGCAUGCUCUAUUAAUUGCCUUUUUUUAAAGUAAAGACAAAAAGCAGAAUGAUAGACUGAACUGCAGUAGAGGCUCAGCGCUAAACAUUUUACUCAAAUGCAUUAAGACCAUAGUACCAACAAAUAACCCUGCUUUUUGGUCAACUGUCAUGAAAUACAGUAUAUGCAUGGCGAUGUGAAAGUGGGAAUGCAAACUUAUUGUGUUGAGCUAACUUUUAUCGCUCGAGAAACCUAACUCCAUUCGCUUUUUGUCAGUGUGUCAUGGCAGAUCAAGUAGUAUAUCUCAAAGGUUUUUAGUGGGCUUGAGGUAUGGGCUUCCAAGUUCUUCAACACCAAACUAAUUAUUCAUGCACUGGAAUCAUGCUACCAGGAUUGGGACGGUACAGGUAACUCACGGUAUGGUGUGUACACAUGACAAUAAACACAGUAUUAUAAAAUAUGUAAACUGUAAACAAAAACACUACUUGUGUAACAGUCGGAUAAAGCGUGGGUCGAUUGCCACUGCCUGCACGCCACUGCAGGCAUGACCAAUCGAUCCAACUGUUGCACUUAGAUUGGGAAAUUAAAAUGUCACGGAAAUGUGCACAGGCACAACAUAACAUUGGUUGUGCAUUUUGACCAAUGGCCCAAACCACACUUAAUUACUCGAAGUCGUAGGGUGUGUUCCAACUACAGGGGCAUCACACUCCUCAGUCUCCCCGGUAAAGUCUAUUCGAGGGUGCAGGAGAGGAGGCUCCGUCGGGAAGUCGAAUCUCUGAUUCAGAAGGAGCAGCGUGGUUUUCGUCCUGGCUGUGGAACAGUGGACCAGCUCUACAUCCUUGACAGGAUUCUGGAAGGUCGCUGGAGCGUGUCCGAGCGACCUUGGCCAAGAGGCGGAGUACAACCUGGACUUGACGCCAGCCAACCACAGGCAACAUGAAAAUGAGUGUGUAUACACGCAUGCGCCUGUGUGCAUGCCUGCCUGUAAGAGAGGAGUGUCCAAGACAUGAUUUCAUGCAUUUGAGAGAGCACGUGGGCGCAUGAACCUGUCGGCUUGAGCAAAGGCAUUCACCUGCGACGUCCUCAUUCUGUCUCUCUCCAAGACAUCGAUUGAGUGCCCCUCCUCUCCAAGGCCUGGACACACACACACACACACACACACACGUGCGUGCGCACACACACAGAUAUCAGGCAUGGGCAGGUGUCGAGAUCACUGACUUGUGGAAAGGAUUGCGCCCAGGACAGUUUAAUGUGUGCCAUGGAUUUACACUCUGGGUAAUGAAUGCUCUCCUUGCUCACACUAUUCUAUAGUUACGUCAGAGAGGUAAAGGUCAAGGAGAAAAUGGAGGGAGCACCCAAAAUGACACAUAAAGGAGGGCUGAGGUAAUGGGGAAGCUUUAUUUGGGGCUCUGUUUAGUUUUCCGCUUUAGGGAGCUCACAGCCCAAUCCUGCAGGGCACAACGUGCCCACGUGGAGAUUGAGAUGAAGUGAGCGCCACUUUUCUUCUUAGUGGUCACAAUUGUGUACGCAAUUGCCAAUGGACACACUUAAGUCGGGCGGGAAAUGUUUUUCCUAUUGUGGGGGCUUUUCCUUUUUAGGCUCAUACUAUGAGGUUAUUUUACAUUAAAAGCACAACCGCACUAACGAGCAUUGCUUUUCUAAUGAACAUAAAGUGUUACAACUGCGCAAAGCUAUGUAGAAGACAAAGGCCACCAUUACAUUUGUUGGUUUAUCAAUGCUGCAACGAUUGUUCAUUAGUUGGCUACAUCCUGGUUCAUGGAAGAUGACCUGCCAUGAUCUGUAUUUUGCAGACAAUGCAUUUGUACAUUUUUAUUUAACUUUUCUAUGUUGUGACUUUGUUUUCCUGUGUAUUCUCUGUCUGCUUGUUACGUCUUUGUCUCCAGUUUGCUCCCCUUGUGUCAGCCAAUCAGCUCUCUCAAUCCGCUCACGUGUUGUCAAGAAGUGCCUCGUUGUCUCUACAGCUCGUUUGUAUUUGGUUCCCUGUUUUUAAUGCCCUCUUCCUGUGUUGCAUGGACUCUCGAGAACCAGUGUUGUCUGUCAUCUGGGGUGGUGAGUCCCCUAUUUUUAUUUGGUCACCCUGUACCCUGGUUUUCGGACUGUGUUAAUUUUGUAUUUUUUGCUCCUGCUAUUUUUGAGAAUAAAUACUUUUGAUCACACUACUUUGACAUUACCUCGAACUCCUGCUUUGCCUGCUUUCCUGAGGUUGGGUCCGCCUGCACACCACCAAGAUGAGCCCCCCCGGCCAAAACGUGACAGUGAGAAACAGCUGGGCAGUGUGAUUAUGAUUUUGGGAGCAGAAGGGUGCUUCCAUUAAUGUCACCGUGACUGCAAGGGUGAAAUAAACUACUGUACCAGUGCCUUUUAUCUAUAUUCUCCCCAAAUUGUCAUCCUUGGUGCAUGCAUGAUUCUCUAGUUUAUGGUUUUGUACUCAAUGCUUCUGAAAAAGAUCAUUAAAACAACUAAAUUAAGGUGGCCUUAGACUUUUGCACAGGGUCGUACUGUGUAUAUUUUGUUGAAGCAUGGUUUGCAAUGUUCCCACAGGCCUUCCACUCAUGGUUGUGCUUACAGUACGGCAUUAAUGAAAAGGUGCCACAUGGAUGUGUCAGUCAGUGCUGAUUGAUGACCAAAAAAAAAAAUAAGCUAAAAAAAAGUCUCUCAGCUUGAAGUACUCCCUGUUGAUGUGUUGUCAGUAAAAAUCACAUCUUAAUCAACUUGUCUUUUUGAAUUUGAGUUUUAAUUAAAAAAAUAUUAACAUAUGAAAGGACACUGUUCCCAAUUCAGACUGCGUCCCGACCUGCAUGUGAACUCCUGGCCUUUUGAUUUGCUGUCAGCACCCUCCUCAGGGGACAGUGAAGCACCUAUGCCAAUUUACAUCCAAUAUUUAAUUAUUUUAAGUUCUGCUCCUGGCCUAUAAAUUACUAAACGGUUUAGGUCCUGAAUACAUUAAUGAAAUGCUAACAGAAUAUAAACCCAGUAGGGCUCUGAGAUCGACAGAAGCAAACAUGGUGAAGCAGCAUUUAGCUGUUAUGCUGCACACAAAUGGAAUAAGUGACGUCAGCCACAAGUGGGAAUGUUUGAAUGUGUGAAGGUUCAAAACUCUUUGUUUUUCUCAUGCUUUUUAGAGCAUUUCCACUUUUAAAUGAUAUUUCUUGCACUGUUCGCUGUUUUAAUUGUACUUUUAUUUUUUUUCCUCUUUGGUUUAAAUGUUUAUAAGCACUUUUUUCUUUGUUUUUAAAUGCUUUUAAUCAUGUAAAGCACAUUGAGUUACCUUGUGUAUGAAAUGCGCCGUAUAAAUAAAUUUGCUUUGCUUA